UUGUCCAGUCACUUUUUUCGCGGGGAUCGUUUUUCUCGUUCUUGAGACUCAAUGUCCAGACUUGGAUAUUUAAACCUCGUCAGGGCAGUGUUUCUUCAGAUUGGGGAAAACUUUCGUACUGCAAGAAGUAAGUGAACGAAGAUGAUUGCACUACUGCAUUUGAGUGUCCUGGCUUUGGUAUCUUGCUGCCAAGUAGUCACUGCUGUUGAUGUGGCAAUAACCGGAAGGGCUCAAUUCGAUCUUGCUGGUAGCGAAUUUGACAAAUAUAUUGACCAAAGGAUAGAACAGUUGAGACAAUUCAGAUAUGAAGGUUAUAUUGGGUGCUUUAUUGAUAAGCACAAUAGACAUUUGACGCAACAUAAAAGUAACUCUAAUAACAUGAAUUUGGAGAAAUGUCGUUCAUUGUGUACAAACUUCGAAUAUUUAGGCUUACAAAAUAGUGACCAAUGUUUCUGUGGAAAUUACCUUAAUAACAACAACUACCCAAGAGUUCCCGACACCCAAUGUUCUAAAAAAUGUACAGGAGAAAAUACCAGGAUGUGUGGUGCUGCUUGGAGAAAUUCUAUCUACAGAGUUAAUCCCUGAACUAUACAUAAUGAUGGGACACAAGGAAAGAGGAAGAGCCAUUAUAAUUUGUAUUUAGAUCAUAUAUCCGAAGUUUACAACUCUUUUCAAUUUCAAAACUGGUAUACAUAUGUCUCGUAUCUGUUAUUUUAUUCUAGUAUCUGUUUAAGCAUAGUGUUAAUGAAUUUCAGAAAAUCUUGUUCAAUUCUAGCCAUAUGUAUUCUAAAAUAAAACUUACUUUCCAUUG